CUGUUGUUUCAGUUGAUUUCAACAGGCCUGAUGCUGCUGCUGUCACACUGAUCUCCUUCAAUCAUACGGCGUCGCCGGCGUCAACAUUCACAGAGUUUGUCUUCAGAAAGCUGAAUUGAUUAUUACACACGUGAGUGUUGAGGAAGAAGAAGCACAAAAUGGUGAAUGAGGGUGCUGGCGCCCCACGCAGUCGCAGGGGGUCUCAUAAGGUGGUUCCUUCAUCAGACCAGGAUGGCACAGGAGCAGAAAGAGCCACAGGAGAGGUGCCCUGCCACAGUAAUGGAACAGUGGAAGUGGAGCACAUUAUCAAAACUACAAAACUACAGCUGAAGAAGAAAGCUGAGCAUUUGAAGGCAGACCUGAUGAGGCAAUUUGACACUCAAGUCAAUGAAUUCAUGGACAGUCUGAUAGAGGAGUCUGCCAGUCUGGGUUCGUCCCAUGUGAGCACAGUCUUUCCUCUCUCAGAUAAGGAGAAAAGCAAACUCAGGCAUACACGACCUUCCGAAGGCCAAAGCAAGCAGUUUGUGAUCCGUCGAUCCCUGUUAGAUGAUCUGUUUGAGGUGAACCACAUUCGCACCAUCUAUCACAUGUUCAUCGCCCUCCUCAUCCUCUUCAUCUUCAGCACGCUUGUCGUGGAUUUCAUAGAUGAGGGCAGACUGGUGCUUGAGUUUGAUCUAUUGGUGUACGCGUUUGGUCAGUUCCCCCUAGUGGUUGUCACAUGGAUGUGUAUGUUCCUGUCCACGCUUGUGGUUCCGUAUGUGUUGCUCAGUGUCUGGGCUAGUGUUUACCCCACGUCAAACCAUCGGGCCUUAUGGACAGUGCUGGCCGGUUCCCUCUUGCUGCUGUACCAGGGACUGUGUUUGGGGUUCUUACCCACAUAUGUGGUGCUGAAGAACGGCCUUCCCCCUGCUUCAUGCUUCAUACUUAUUCUAGAACAGGUGCGGCUGAUAAUGAAGGCUCACUCUUUCAUCAGGGAAAAUGUGCCAAGAGUGCGAUCCUUAGAACGAAACAAAGCAAAUUCAUUCGCUGUACCUCAAUUCACCCAGUACAUUUACUUUCUCUUUGCACCCACCCUGAUAUACAGAGACAAUUAUCCACGAAAUCCAUGUAUUCGGUGGGGUUAUGUGGCUACAAAGUUUUUGCAGGUGCUCGGCUGUUUGUUUUAUGCAUAUUACAUAUUUGUGCGGCUGUGUAUCCCUCAGUUCCACAGUAUCAGUAUGCAGCUCUUUGACCUGAGGGCCAUGGUGUUGUGUGUCUUCAACUCUAUACUGCCAGGAGUGCUGGUGCUUUUCUUGGCAUUUUUUGCCUUUCUGCAUUGCUGGCUUAAUGCAUUUGCUGAAAUGCUACGGUUUGGAGACAGAAUGUUUUAUAAGGACUGGUGGAACUCCACUUCAUUUGCUAACUAUUACCGCACAUGGAAUGUUGUAGUACAUGAUUGGCUUUAUUACUAUGUUUACAGGGACUUCCUGUGGAUGACACAGAAGCGAUUCCGUGCAGGGGCCAUGUUGGUUGUUUUUACUGUGUCUGCUGUGGUGCACGAGUACGUUCUGGCCAUCUGCUUUGGCUUCUUCUAUCCAGUCAUGUUCUGCCUCUUCAUGUGCUUUGGAAUGGUGUUUAACUUCGUUCUUAACGACCGGAGAAAAGGGCCAAUCUGGAACGUGAUCAUGUGGACUGCGCUUUUCUUGGGUCAGGGCGUUCUCAUCUGCUUGUACUCUCAGGAGUGGUAUGCGCAACGCUUCUGCCCCAUUCAAGAGCCGUCUUUCCUAGACUUGCUGAAGCCUCGAUCCUGGACUUGUACUCCACAGACUAACACUGCUGUACAUGCUCACUAAAGCCACACCACCAGCCAACAGAAGAAUCAGAUCUGUUCUUAACAUAUUCUGGAACUUUUUUAGCAUUCUAGGUAUUGCACUCUGACCAAACAAAGUGAAAAGUGACAAUCUUACUUUAUAAUCAUGAGGACAAUGUUUUAUGAAGAGGCCUUAGAUAUUUAAUAUUUAUUAUAACACCCAUAAUAGAAUGUAGAAUGUCUAUAAUGUGCAUUAUGAAUAUUUAUUUGUUUCCUUUCAAAUUCCUAGUUAACAUUUGACAAUCUAUUUUAGGUUAUGUCUGAUCUGGCUAAAUAGAUUCUAUUUUUAGAAGCCUCUGUGAUGUUGAGAAGUUGAGUUGAGAUCAGAUUAUACAGUAAAUGUGUUUUGUUUACUGCCACUUCUUACAUAGUGUUUGAUAUUGUGGUGUAAUUCCAGUACUGGAGAGGCCAUGGAACAUUAUACAUGUGGUACAUUUUAACCAGUUUGCCUGGUUGCCUACAAAAUUAUAGAAUGUUUACAAGCGGGUUGAAUUCUAAAACCCCAUUGGAUUUAAAUUAUGUGCCAUACUGCUGUGAAACACAAAAAUAGUUUACUUCUUACAUUUUACUCCUAGAGUUUUAAUUAAAAUGACUUUGAUUUGGGGGAAAUUGUCCUUUCUGCCAAUUUUAUUUGUUUUAGUUAGUUACUGUUUGAAGAGUUGGACUGAUAGUCUGGACUUUUGGAAAUUUGGACUUCAUGACACCCCCCCCCCCCCUUCCCUAGAGCUAAGCUAAUUAAAUACUAAUUUAAAAGCCAUGCUUUAGGACUUAUUUAUUACAAAAUAGGGUAUCAAAUUUUUGGAAGUGUUGAGGUUUUGCAGCUGGCUGCACUCGUGAUCGUUAUUACUAAUGGUUUUCAAGCACAAUCCCUUUGUUAAUUAAAAAUUAUGUACACUGCCAUGCAGGGGAUUUAUUUAAAAAUAGUAAUAAUAAAGUAUAGGACAUUUUGAAUUGCAUUUAUUAGUGCAAAAAAAAAAAAAAAAAUGAAUUCUCUCCAAUUCCACAAGAUGUUUCAGAGUGUCUGUAUUAUAUUUUCAAAACAUACCUGCAAUAACUGUGAUGACCAGCAGGUGGUGAAGGAGAGUUGAAUGUUAGGACUACUGUAUGCAUACAGCAUUUUACAUUUUGUUUCUUUAUGGCAGCUGCCAUGUAAAUGUUCCGUUGUAAUUUCUAGAAUAGCCCAUGACUAAUUUAUCACAAAAAAAGUGAUCAAUAUUUUGGAAUAAUCUAAACCGAUGCCAUAUUUUUAAACUAAUAACUUUUAUCAACUUUUGAAAUGUUCAGUGCUUAGCCUGUACCAACAUGCUCUGUAAUGGACAAAUAAACAGUUUAAUAACUGACUAUAGUGGUUUGUUUGUAUGCACUAUGUACCAUGUUGUGUACUGAUGAGACAUCAAUAUAAUAUAUCAGGCUAAUAUGUUUCAUGUGAAUUGACCA